AUGAGGAGUGUACCUGGUGAUCACAGGGCAAUGCCCCCUACGAAUGUGCCCAUCCUUUGGACGAAGCUGGCUGCGAGAUGGGAGACGGAUGAUGAGGGUGAUGGUGAACGUUGGCGAACCUACAAAGUCCACCCCGUUCUCAUUCGUCAUGCCCUCCUCGAUUCUAUCCCACAAGACAGGCAAGGGCUUACCGCUUUCUCCGACCUUCUCUUCCCCUUCUCCUACCUGUGGCCAACUACGGGCUGCUGCACAAGAUUCGUAAUAAAGCACUUGGUGGUCAACUAUGAGCGUGCAGAAUCCUGCCCCAUUACCUUCACCUCCGUUGGUGAUCGACGGAGGAUUCGACUAGCUCCUCCUACCCUUUCGGUCUGUACAUGGAAUCAAGGACGACCAUUAACAAAACCUUGUCUACAUGAAUGA